AUGCAGAGCUUCUUCCACCGCCUGGGCCACCAGAUCGAGGACAUGCUGGUGGAGUGCCGCUUUCAGGGAGAGCGCUGCGGCCCCCAGCACUUCGCCCCCGUCUACACACGCUACGGUAAGUGCUACACCUUCAACGGGGACCGGAGGAACCCACGAGUGACCCGCCAGGGUGGCAUGGGCAACGGGCUGGAGAUCAUGCUGGACAUCCAGCAGGAAGAGUACCUGCCCAUCUGGAGAGAGACCAAUGAGACGUCAUUCGAAGCUGGCAUCCGGGUCCAGAUCCACAGCCAGGAUGAGCCGCCCUACAUCCAUCAGCUGGGCUUUGGUGUCUCGCCUGGCUUCCAGACCUUCGUGUCCUGCCAGGAGCAGCGGCUCCGCUUCCCGGCCGUCACCCUCUGCAACCCCAACCGGGCACGCUUCCUACGCCUCACCAAGCCCGACCUCUACUCGGUAGGGCAGUGGCUGGGGCUGUCCCAGGAGAACCGCUCGCUGGUGCCCGAGAUGCUGGCCGUGCUGGGGGAGGACCGGCGCACGUGGCUGACGCGUCUCGCCAACUACUCGCGCUUCUUGCCACCCCGCCGCUCCGAGCGCACCAUGCAGAGCUUCUUCCACCGCCUGGGCCACCAGAUCGAGGACAUGCUGGUGGAGUGCCGCUUUCAGGGAGAGCGCUGCGGCCCCCAGCACUUCGCCCCCGUCUACACACGCUACGGUAAGUGCUACACCUUCAACGGGGACCGGAGGAACCCACGAGUGACCCGCCAGGGUGGCAUGGGCAACGGGCUGGAGAUCAUGCUGGACAUCCAGCAGGAAGAGUACCUGCCCAUCUGGAGAGAGACCAAUGAGACGUCAUUCGAAGCUGGCAUCCGGGUCCAGAUCCACAGCCAGGAUGAGCCGCCCUACAUCCAUCAGCUGGGCUUUGGUGUCUCGCCUGGCUUCCAGACCUUCGUGUCCUGCCAGGAGCAGCGGCCGAGGGCCACCCUUGCCCCAGCCAACCUGCACCCAAGGGCCACUCCUGCCCUGCUGCCUUUAGGGGAGCAAGUCGAGGGUGGGGGGCAGAAGUGGGGCCAGGUUCCCACCCCCACAACCAGCUGCUUCUCCUCAGGCAAUGAGUCCAUCUGCUCCCCCAACGUGUACAUCGAGUGUGCUGACCACACGCUGGGUAAGUGGGAGAACUUCCUGGUGCUGGACAUCUUCUUUGAGGCGCUCAACUACGAGGCCAUUGAGCAGAAGAAAGCUUACGACCUUGCUGGGCUUCUCGGGGACAUCGGGGGACAGAUGGGCCUGUUCAUCGGCGCCAGCAUCCUCACCAUCCUGGAGAUCCUGGACUAUGUCUACGAGGUGAUCCGGGACAAGGUGAGCCGGGUCCUGCGCCGCUCCAAACCACCCCUGAAGAAGCCCUCGGGCAGCAUUGCCACGCUGGGACUGGAGGAGCUCAAGGACCAGGAGAUGCGCAGCCAAACCCUCUACCGUGCCCACCAAGCCGGGCACCGAAUCCUCCACCCCCGAGGGAGGCCCCCGCGGCAGGGAGGGCUCCCACUGUCCGAGGGCUGCGACCUCCGACGUCCUAUCGAUACUGCGAAGGCCGAAGCGGCCUGGGUCACGGUUCCCAUGGGGAGCAGCUCACGGUACGUGAAUACAGCAGGAUCCCCUCCGGCACCCCUUAUGCCCAGCAACCCGGGGGGCCAGGACUCCCCACCCUGA